AUGCAGAAGGCGUUCGAUGUCGUGAACAGGCCGUUUGUGCUAGAGUGCAUUGAUGCAAUCGAGCUGCCGCCUGACUUGUCUGUGGCCCUGAAAACCUCGGUUAUGAAUGGAACGUACACGAUUCAACACAAAGGGGAGACAGGAACCGUUGCAGCCCGCAGAGGCAUCAAGCAGGGAGCCAAAGACUCCCCUUUGAUCUGGAACAUCGUGAUGUUGGGGGUGCUUCGGCGCCUCGAGGCCAAGCAUGGGCGGGAUUGGAUUGCUAAGCAUUUAACGAUAUUUGCUGAUGACAUUCACGGGGGAUGGACGUUCACCAAUGAAAACGAAGCUGGCAAAGCUAUUGGUGAUAUCGGGGUCCUGCUUACAACGCUGGAGGAAAUGAAAUUCCGAAUCAACUACAACAAGUCGGUCGCGAUGAUGGCUAUCGCAGGUGCGAGGGCCACACAAUUUCAAUCCAAGUAUGUUCAUCGUUACAAGGAAGGACCUUUUCUUCGCUGUGUGGUCUCAACCGCAGAUGUGAAGUUUCUACCUAUGGUGAGCAAAACGGGCUAUCUGGGGGCGAGCAUCAGCUAUCACCGAUUUGAGCGUGACACCAUAGAUAGACGAGUCCAAGCUGCGCAGACGGCGUUUGCUAGGCUCAAGAAGGUACUGUGCGACAGAGUUCACCAUCGAUUGGCGGACCGACUUCGGUUAUACAACACAUGUGUAUGGUCUACUCUUACUUAUGGGGUCCUCGAGGUUGGGGUCGACUCUUAUGGCUUAGGUCGUAUCCAUCGUCUCGUGGCCAAGCACUUUCGAAUCAUGGUUCGAACUCGUGACCAUGAACACCAUGAAACCACUAGAGACCUCUUCGGCAGACUUGACCAGCCUCUUCCAUGGCAACAUCUUGCGACCAUGUUGGCGGCGAAGCGUAAGAAACAGGAGUCUAAUCGACGUCACAUUCCAGCGCGAGACAUCACUCGGUGGCUGGAUCUUCCUUCCAGUCCAGCACUUAUUGACAGUGCCACCGCUGAGAAGAUCACGGGAACACAAGAAGAGAAAUGCACUGUGGAGCCGACGCUAUCUUGCCCAGACUGCAAGUUUACAUGCCGCAGCGCUGCAGCACUUAAAACACAUCAGCGCAAUGAGCAUCCGGAUCGAGCCUCGAAGUCUUCUACCAUUGUCUUCGAACCACUUCGUGAUUCCUUUCAGGGCACAGCAGAGUCCAGGCAUUGCGGCUUGAAGUUGCGGCACAAAACCAACUUGGUUCAGCAUAUCGUCGGCGGUGCAUGUGCUAAGUUCGAUGAGGAUGCAGGCUUUGCCAUUCAACCACUGUGGACCCGGACCGACUUCGAGUCUUCACUGGCUCAGGGGGGGCUGUUAAGUAAAUCGACUCAUGUGUGCAAUGUGGUGCUACAUGCUGCUGCUCUCGAGUUUGUCUUCAAGUCCCAGCCGUCCAGUACAGCCGUUGAGGCGAAGCUCCGAGAUCACCUGCGUCACAAGCCGCCCAAGUACAGACCUCAGCCUGCACAUCGACGGCAAGUAAAGAUGACUGCGGCCAGCUUCUUCCAGGAUCAGAGCUUCCCCGACCAGUGGAUGGAGGGCGAAGAUCAACCACACCUGGAGCUGAUGGAGACCAUGGCGCCUUUCAUGACGGGUCACACGAUGGGCCCGAUGAACAUGGCAGACGGUUUUCAUUCCCUCUUCCAGACUCCCACGCCGAAACGACAGGGAAUGAUGAGAGGUCAGCAUUCACAGAAGCGACAGCGCGGAUCACAAGGUCAUGCGCAGCAGGUGAGGGGCCCCGGUCCCGGUCUAGGACCCCAAGGCGUGUCGCUCCCGGCUCUGAUACGGAUGAUGGCAAUCCAGCUACAGCGCCAGGAAGAGGCAUUGCGAGUACUGGCGCAAAGCACCGAAAUGAUGUUGUUCAUGCAGGCAGGGCCAGGCUCUUAUCUGCCCAACCUUCUGCAGUUGAGCCAGACGUGGCAUCAGCAACAGGCGGCGAAGCAGGUGGACAAGCCAUUGCGUCAACACAUGUCGGUGGCUCUUUGGACGGAGCUCGGAGCACGGGUCACGAAGGCCCAAGAGCAAAUAGCCCAGGAGCUGGGGCAGGGUCUGAUGGCAAAAAAGAUCCUCAAUGCGGAAGGGUCUUGGGCAUACAUGGCGUGGGACCAGGCGACGAAAAGUCUGGUUCCCACGACGCGAGAGCCCAUCAAGAUGACGGACAUGCACCAGCUGCUGAAGGUGAUCAUCGAGCACCUCAACAUGCCUGGAAUGGUCACGCGCUUCAAAGCACACAAGGCGCUAAAAACAGUGAACAUGCAAGCGGCGGCCUGUGUAGUCCCGUGGCAGCUGGAUAUCUCCUUGCGCCACCCUCAAAGCUCGCGCUUGUGGACGAGUCUCGUGACACUUCAGGGGAAUGGAGUGCUACAACUUCUCAACACACAGAUGCGAGCGGCCACCCUUCGGCGGUCCAAAUUGUGCGAUCAGAUUGCCCAGCAGGUGUUCAAGAAGAAUGGUUACCUCAAACAUCUCCCCCCGGUCGAUUCCCUUAUGAAAGACUGGUUCACCGAGCAUAGCGAUCAACGACAGCAUGAUGCCGCCGAGUUCUACCAUUGGUGUAUGCAGACUAGUCAGUUUCAACAGCAUUCGGGGUAUUGGUGGCGAUUUGAAAAACAUGCUUCGCUGCUAAAUGUGUGCAUCCCGCUCUUGCUGCAGCACGGCGCUUUGAGUCUGCAGUCGUCUAUUUCGCAAUGGCACAGGAGUUCUGACGUGGUACAUGUUAUGUGCUCCCAGGCCCAGUUCGUGUGCAUGCAAAUCGGAGACCGACUUCGAGCAGAACAGCCGCAAUGGCCUGAGAUACUUGAUCCGGAUUUUCGCUUGACUCUGCCUCACCUUGUGGAUGACGCUGGAGUUCCAUCAGAUGAUAACGUGGAGUGGCGAGCAUACCAGGUCAGUGCAUGUGUACUUCGCAAGGGGUUUCAGAGGGAACAUGGGCAUUGUCAGGCGAUGCUCUUCAGCUCAUCGGGCGUCUACUUGUGCGAUGAUGGCCGGAGUGCCAAGCUGCUCAACGAUGGCGACGCCAUUCAGGAGUUACAACACAUGUACAUGCUUUGGGUCGUGCGUGAUCCUGAUGCUCAGGUCCCCCAGUCAUGGACAUGUGAGGCAGAUGAUGCGAUUGCUGCGGUGGCGGUGCCGAGCAACUCAUCCCAGGCCUCGCUCCUGGGUGCGUCGUUUUCGAUUGCCGAUCUCUUGCAAGCUCACUUUGGAUGA